GCCGGGCUGGGUUGUCAGUCAGUGAGCGGAGAGGAAAGAUGGCUCGUCGGGACCCGCUCUGCUAGGAAGACGGGGGGCCGGUGGUGCUGCUACAGGGGAGAAAGCCGAGCAGCCGCUGUCGCUGUCGCCGCGGGUCGGACAAGUCGCGGUUCUUCAGGUGGAGCUCGUGGAGCCACUCUGGUUGAAGGUUUGGAACAGAUGUGGAAAGAUGUUCACUUCAGAUAAAGGGGUUGUGGAAGAAUGGUUGUCAGAGUUUAAGACACUACCAGAAACAUCUUUACCAAAUUAUGCCACAAAUUUGAAAGACAAGGACUCUUUAGUUUCAUCUCUAUAUAAAGUUAUCCAGGAGCCACAAAGUGAGUUGCUAGAACCCGUCUGUCACCAGCUCUUUGAAUUCUAUCGCAGUGGAGAGGAACGGUUGCUUCGAUUUACACUGCAGUUUCUCCCAGAAUUGAUUUGGUGCUAUCUUGCAAUCUCAGCCAGCAGAAAUGUGCACAGCAGUGGAUGCAUCGAAGCUCUUCUUCUAGGGGUUUACAAUUUGGAAAUAGUUGACAAACAGGGACAUAGCAAGGUAUUGAGUUUUACAAUUCCAUCUUUAUCCAAACCAUCUGUAUAUCAUGAACCUUCCAGCAUUGGUUCCAUGGCUCUGACUGAGAGUGCUCUAUCCCAGCAUGGUUUGUCGAAAGUUGUGUACAGUGGACCUCAUCCUCAAAGGGAGAUGCUAACAGCACAGAAUAGGUUUGAAGUGUUGACAUUCCUUUUGUUGUGUUACAAUGCUGCCUUAACCUAUAUGCCCAGUGUUUCUCUUCAAUCACUGUGUCAAAUUUGUUCAAGAAUCUGUGUUUGUGGAUAUCCUCGACAACAUGUAAGAAAAUACAAAGGUAUAAGUAACAGGAUACCAGUUUCUUCAGAAUUCAUGGUGCAAAUGUUAACAGGGAUUUAUUUUGCAUUUUAUAAUGGAGAAUGGGAUCUGGCUCAAAAAGCAUUAGAUGAUAUUAUAUACAGAGCCCAGCUGGAAUUAUAUCCAGAGCCAUUGCUGGUUGCUAAUGCAAUAAAGGCUUCAUUGCCUCAUGGUGCCAUGAAAUCUAGUAAGGAGGGUACCAGGUAUAUUCAAGUUGAAAUUACACCAACUUCCUCUAGAAUAUCAAGAAAUGCAGUAACCAGCAUGUCAAUAAGAGGUCACAGGUGGAAAAGACAUGGAAAUACAGAUUUAACAGGUCAAGAAGAACUGAUGGAGAUAUCUGAAGUUGACGAGGGAUUUUAUUCCAGGGCUGCAUCUAGUACCAGCCAGUCGGGUUUAUCAAACAGUAGUCACAAUUCUAGUAACAAGACAAGUGUAGGAAAAAACCAGAGACGGUCAGGAGGAAGCAAAACUGGAGGAAAAGAAAAAGAAACUACAGGGGAAUCUUGCAAAGAUCACUUGGCUCGAAAACAAACUCAGAGAGCCCAAAGUGAGAAUCUUGAGCUUCUCUCUUUGAAGAGACUUACUUUAACAACCAGCCAAUCCUUGCCUAAACCUAGUAGCCAUAGUUUGGCUAAGACUGCUGCUACUGUGUUUAGUAAAUCUUUUGAACAAGUGAGUGGUGUCACAGUCCCACAUAACCCAUCAUCUGUUGUUGGCUGUGGGACUGGGACAGAUGCCAAUAGGUUUUCUGCUUGUAGUCUCCAAGAAGAAAAGCUUAUUUACAUUUCCGAAAGAACAGAACUUCCAAUGAAGCAUCAGUCAGGUCAGCAGAGACCUCCUAGUAUUAGCAUUACUCUAUCAACAGAUUGAUUUGUCACAUUUUCCUCAUAUAACCAGUGAAUCUGGAAAUACAACUUGACUUCUGUAUGAAAGUGCCCCACUUUUCAUCCUUGUUUCUCACAGUAACCUUGAUGUCUUAAAUUCUGCAGGCUACCUUGAAUUUAUGAAGGGAAUAAUGUCUGGGUUGCAGUAAAUUUGAAAUAGGGUUUUAUUAUUUCUCAGUUGUGUUUUCCCCCUACAAUUUGAGCUAUUUUUCUUUCUUAUUUGUUACUGUUGCCUAAGGUUGUCAGUGUGACAAUAAAUUUUGACAGGUUGUCUGAUUAGGUUGGUUUCAUCUCAUGUGAGGUUGUUUGUGAGAAUUUGUUUUUAAUAAUUCCUAUUUUAGUAGCUGUAUGUUUGGCUUUAAGAGUAAAGUAUGGGGACUUUUAUAAAGGAGGAGGCAGAUGUGCAACUCCAGAGAUUCUAUAGCUGGCCGUUUAGCAAGCCAGUGUAUGAAAAGUAACCUGAAGAACAUGUUCAUAACCAGUUUAUCUUACAGAUGAGAAUAGUUUAUUCAGAGCACUAGAAAACGCAUGGUAACUCAGUACCUAGAAUAUUAUGUGAUUCCAGGAGAUGGACAGAACGUUUUCUAACAUUAUCUUCGGGAGAUUUUUAUGUGAAACAUCAGGUUGCUGAUAGGUGUGUUGUUUUGAAGUGUUUGAUCUGGAUUUAGCAGGUGAAAAUCCCUUAUAAUUCCUAAGGUAUAAUAUACCAUAAAGUUGAUUUAUCUGCUCGACAACUUUGGAAAUUCUAGUUAAUGUAGAGUCAUAUAACAGCACAUAUCCUUUAAAGUCAUAUAAGAGCACAUAUCAUUGAAGAUUUCCUGUAAAUCAUUGUAAAUCUUGCAACACAACUCUCAAGAUACCAGUAUCAACUAUAUAAUAUUGACUUAAUUAUCAGAAAAUGAAGGAGAUUAGAUAAACUUGUCAUCUAUAAAAUGUCAUGAAAGGGAAAAAAAGAAAGUGAAUAUGGACAAAGGACAUUUAUACGUUAAUUGGGAGUUGUUAAUUUUUGUGUUCUUAAAUAUAAAAUCACAACAUGAAAAAUUAAAAGUAUUUCAUGUUUUGUUAACAGACCUAUUAUAAAUGUUCUUAUUGUGAUAUAGAAAGAAUUUAAGCAAUAUUUCAGGGAGAAAGAGCAGCAAUGAGGAUGACAGUCAGUUAGCUGGGGGGAAGGCUCAGGGAGCUGUCCACUUCUUUUUGGGCUCUUUCAUUGGUAGUAAACGGUGGUUUGCUUUUCCGCAAUCCCUAACUGUGGGCACAAAGAGAAAAUGCUAGUGUUUUUCUCUUCUACCAACUUAUGUGGAACCUUAAGUCUUGAAGGGUGCCAAAGAAUUUACACUAUGAUUGCAGUUUUGACCAUGACUGUUUUGGCUACAAAUUUAAAUCUAAUUCUUCAAAAAGCGUGAGCUAGUUUUCAUUCAUUAGCCCUGAAGACAAUAUGGUUUUUAACUUAAGUAAAUUUGAUUUUUUAGUUCCAGUGAUAGAAUGGAACAAGAUUUAUUGGUAUACAUUGUAGACCAAAAUGUAAGGCAACCAGACAGUGAAAGUUGGUAUUGUAUUAAUUUAAUAGUAGCCCUGUGUACAAUUUAAAAUAUUUGUAAAAUGUCACUGAGAACAUCUCGUUAUUUUGUAAUUCUUUAACACAGAUUUUUUCCUAGGCAUGGUUACUCACAUUAUUUAUAUUAUUAAGAACUAAUUUAAAAGAUUGGCAUUUUAAGCAAGUUGAGUUGCUGAGGAAAUGUUUUAGAAUAAGUUGGAGGAAACUUUAGAUGGCACAGUGGAAUAUUAGAUUUAUAAAGUUCAGCCACUGUAAUGGAACCUCAUUUUGGUAUUAUUUUAGAUCCCUGGUACUCAGUGUGGUCCAAGGACCACUAAGUAGCAUUGACAUCACCUGGCAGCUUGUUAAAAAUGCAAAAUUUCAGCACCCAGACCUACUGAAUCAGAAUCUCCUUUUUAAUAAGGUGAUUUUUAUGCACAAUAAAAUUUGAGGAGCACUGGUCGAGAGUCUGACAGUGCAAACAAAUCAUGGAAAUAGGUUAGUUAGUCAUUUUAAUCUUAAUUUUUUUGGAUAGCUAAUUGAUUUUUAAUAACAUUGACAUUUAACUUAAGUCCUCUAAUUCUAAAUUUUUAAUGAUUCUCAUAUUUUUUUGCAAUAAAAUUUUAAAAUUUUAGUAUUUCUCUUGUUGACCUUCAAAGGAAUCAGAUCUAUAGAUACCUGCAAAUUAAAUAGGAAGGGGAUACAUUGCACAGCUGUACAUUGCACAUGGUAUACAAUACACAACAAAUUUGCAUGUGUAUAUCCUUUUUAAAAUUCUCUGAAGGCUUACUCAGUGGGAUGAUUCUGAAUUUUUAUCCAAGUAACUUGUGCCAACUCAUUUUCUGGAGUGUGGAGUUAUGUUGACAGUAAAAUUAUUUGAGUACCUUUAAUACUACUCUAAAUAAGGAUUAUCAUUUGAACAUUUUUGUAGUAAUAAUAUUAACUAUGGUAACAAGUUGUUGUUAUCCCUAUUACCCUCUUCCUGUUCAUCUUCCCAAAUUUGAAAGUUGGUUGGCUUUUGUAGGUCACUUUCCUUUGAAGAUGCUUUUAUGUAUCCAGAAUGAUCCCUUUUAUUUUGAGAAGGAUUCCAGACAAAAUUGGAGUCUAGCACCCUAUAGAACAGAGAAUCUCAGCCAGAAUUGCAGCUCCAUUCCAAAUUUUAAACCGCUAGGGAUUCUUGAAAUUACCCAAAACCUCUCACUCUUGAAACACCAGACUGCUUCAGGUAUUCUGGUGAAGCUGGGUUCUGGCACUAGACGUCUGGAAUCCAAGUUGGGAGAGAAACAAACUAGACUUUUUAAGGGAAUGUCACAGAGUAUCCAAGGCAAGUCUUUCACUCCUCUCCCUGAAGCCACAGGAAAGCACCCUGAAUUUCCAUAUACACCACCACAGAACCUUCUAAAGGCAGCUCUGUAGGUUUGAAGAGUAGAAACUCUAAGUCCUUAAAUUGUGACUGAAGUUUGUUUUGAAGGAGCAAAAUCUUAUAUUCCUUUUCAACUGUGAAGUAACAAGUCAACAACAUUCAUUUUUUAAAAGUUGUAUUAAGGGAAACAUUUUUAAACCAAAAUAGAUAAAAGUGGUCCCAGUUUUAAGGGAUUUUGCCUAUUUUGGAAGAAUGUAAUCAAGUGUUACAACUGAUAAAUUGUAUAGAGAAAAUGUACUCUGAGACAUAAUUUUAAGCCUUUAAAAUGAGGCAGUUUGACAUUUAAAUCUAUAGGCACAAUAAAUCUAUACUUUGUCAAAGGGAAGCACAAAAAGGAAAUAUAUAUGCUAAGUAAUGUAACUGAAAAAAGAUUUUAAACCAUUUAAAGGGAAAAACAAUUUGAUGGAUUCUUAAAUUAAGCAUUGUAGAUAGAAAUUAAUGUAUAAAUAGUGUCUUUCCAAUCUUUGGAUGAAAACAAAAACUCUAGGCUUUAAUAGCAUGAUUUGUUGCUUAGUAAAAUUAAACUCAAAAUUUUAAGUCCUUUUGUGUUUAAUAUUGUUAACUCUUCAUCAGAGAGCAAACGCAUAUUGUCUUUUGUACUUUGUAACUUGUGCAUAUCUAAACAGACAAGCAGUGAACAUUUGGAACAUAUUUUCUUGUUUUUUUUUUUUUUUUUUUUUUUUUUUUAUAGUAGAGUCCUGGAGUAUCUGUGUCUUGCCAAGUUUUUACUAUUAAACUUAAGAUCCUGUUUCACAAACUGUUGCUUUCUCGUAUUUGGAAUUUAUUGUGUAGUUCUCAUCUUUAUUUCUCAUCAUGUAGUGAAAUUAAUCUUUUCACAGUGAAUAUAUUUGUUUCCAAUUGUAUUCCUAGAGCUUACAUUCCUAAAGAAUAAACUAUGACUUUGGAUAUUUUUAUGUGCCCCCUACCUUUAUAAAGCUUUGGAAAUAAACUGGAGUCAAGUGUUUUGAAGUUUCGUAUAUUUGUGUAAAUGUUCUCCAUAUGUUGUAUUUUAUACAGUUAAGUGUUGCCUCUUGUUUUAUUGAAAUAAAAACUGAAAAAUAUUUUCAGAUCAUUUUACUCAUUAAAAAUCUGUUGUGAAAAUUUGCAAGAGUCAUG